GAAGUUGCGUGGCUAUCUACAUAAUUUUCAUCAUAAGCCCCAAUAUAUUUGGUUUUUGACUGCACUGUAUCUAUGCAGUGGCUAUGCUAGGGUUAUCUAAUAUCUAUAACUAAUAUCUUGUAUCUAUAACUAAAAUAACUAUGUAGCUAUCGUAAAAUAUUGUCCCUCAGAUUAGUUCAUGCAUUUGAACGAGAAUUGUAUUUAGCAACAUUUUGUUAUUCUACAAAAAACUUAUCUUAUCUACAUGUUUUUCAAAAUCGUACCAUUAGGUCAAUGAGACUUGAAUCAGUCGAGUAUUUAGUUGUUGUUUUGAUAAUUUAUGACACUUCAAAUAAAGCCAAACCAAACAACACAAAUAUUCAGAUAUCUCAUAGCUAGUUGUCACGGUGAUGAUUUCCCUCAAAUUGUGUUAAGCAAACUGUUGCAGGUUGUAUGGGUUAUUACCACAAGUCGCUUAGCUCGUUGUUUGGUUUGGACCAAGUUGUUUUGUUCGCAUUUUCUCUGGUUUAUUUACAUACAUUUAAAAGUCCAUUUGUUGUUUCUUCAAAACAAAUGUCCUUAAUGAAUACCGAAGUCAAGGACGUAGAAAUAAGACAGGGUGACGUAGAACGUCCACAAUUUGAAGCUGUUACUACAUUAUGCGACUCGCAAGCGAUUCGUAGUGUAGAUUUUCAUCCAGAUGGCAAACUCUAUGCGGUUGGAUCGAAUUCUAAAACAUUUCGAAUUUGUCAAUAUCCACAAAUUUCAAAAAUAAGGCAAGGUGCACAUCCUCCAGCAGUGCUAUGCAAGCGGACAAAACAUCAUCGAGGCUCUAUAUACUGUACGUGUUGGUCAUCGGAUGGUGAACUCAUUGCCACAGGUUCCAAUGAUAAGACCAUAAAAUAUAUGAGAUUCAACAAUGACACCGAUCAAUUGGUUGGCCAUGAAGUGGAGCUCAAUAUGCACGAUGGCACAGUGCGUGAUAUGUGUUUUCUGGAUGAUUCUUCGACCAAAUCGCGUUUGUUAGUUAGCGGCGGAGCUGGUAAUUGUAAAAUCUAUAUCACGGAUUGUGUGACAGGAACACCAUUUCAGGCAUUUAGUGGCCACAGUGGUCAUAUAUUAUCGCUCUACAGUUGGACAAAUGCAAUGUUUGUGUCCGGUUCACAGGACAAAACAAUACGCUUUUGGGAUCUAAGAGUUAAUGUUGCGGUCAACACUUUGGACCAUGAUUGCAGGGACAGUGCUAUUAAAAGCUCAUCAGUGACUGCGGUCUGUGUGGAUCCAACAGGUCGAUUACUUAUAUCAGGACAUGCAGAUAGUUCGUGCAUGCUUUUUGAUAUUCGUGGCAAUAGGCCCAUACAACGAUUUUAUCCCCACAAUGCCGAAAUAAGAUGCGUACGAUUUUCUCCAUCCGCUUAUUAUAUGCUCACUUGUAGCUAUGAUAAUACCAUUAAAUUAACAGAUCUCCAAGGAGAUCUUGCUCACACAUUAUCAUCUGUUGUUGUGGCUGAACAUAAGGACAAAGCAAUCACAAUUCGAUGGCAUCCAACUGACUUUUCUUUUGUAUCAACCUCAGCAGAUAAAACUGCCACUUUGUGGGCAUUACCUUCAUCUUAAUUAUUAUUCGACACAUACCUAUGCAUACCUAUUUAUAUACCAAUAUACCUACCUAUAAUACUGAUAAAUGAUAAUAAAUUGAUUAGACUGACCUAAUUAUUUGUGAAAUGGAAAAAACAGAAAACUUUAAGAAAUAC